CUGCUCUGCCUGUCGAACAUGGCGCUUUCCUGCUCGAGUCUGUGCAGCCGGUUGUCUUUGACCCGACUAAGUGGUCUGAGCACAAACAGGAUAACACAUUGUUUUUAUCUUCGAGACGUAUCCUGCCAGUCCAGGUCCGUCUUUCCAGGGUUACCUUUGUGCAGGCAUUUUACUUCUUCUAAAGUCAGACGAGGCAUUGGACGAUUUGUUUCCUCCAAAUUCCAGUGGGCAAAUGCCAAAUAUGAAGGCUUUCUCAAAAGACGAUUUCCUCGAUUCUUCCUGCUUUAUCACACCUUUAAGGAAGGAUUCAGGAUGCUGUUCCAGGAUGCCAGAGAGGUGAAGAGGAUUAAAAAGAAAAUGCUGGUAAAAGGAGUAAAAUUACAGGAUUUACCGUACAGAGAGAUGGAAAAACUCAGACAGUUUCGCAGAGACCUAAUAAAGGUCAUCCCACUUGUGAUUAUCACCAUUCCUCCUUUUGCAAACUACCUGAUUAUCUUCCUAAUGUACUUUUUCCCUCGUCAGCUGCUGAUCCCUCACUUCUGGACUUCCCGGCAGCAGCUGGAGUUUCGGAAAGUGUAUCAUUCCCACAGGACUCAGCACCACCAACCGGUUCUCAAAGAGCUGGAGGAUGUGAGCCAUCAGGUCAAAAACGGUCACCUGCAAGGUCUUCUGAAGAACCUCUGCACUAAGGUGCAACGCGGCGGAAACCCGAAUGUCUCUGAAAUCCUGGCCGUCAGGAGUCUGUUCUCCAAAGCUCCUCUGGCCAUGAACACAAUGCGCAACAGUCAGAUGAGACACAUCAGCCCCCUCCUCUUCCUGACGACCCGUCUCCCGGGCUUCCUGAUUGGUCGACGGCUGAACAGCCACGCCGUGGAGCUGUUCCAGCUGGACCGAGCCCUGAGCCGAAUGGGCCCUCACCAGCUCAGCGAGUGGGAACUCAAACAGGCUUGUUAUGUGAGAGGGAUGAACGCUGACAGUCUCGAUACCAGUCAGUCUCGUGAGUGGCUGUCCCAGUGGCUUCAGGUGUCCACUGCUUUAAAAGAGUCAGAGCUGUCACUUCUGUUGCACUGUAUGGUGCUCAUGUCUGCAAACUACCCCAGCGCUGUGAGCCGUCACUGACAGGAAGCCUGCUUCUAUGACUAUAGUCACUUUUGUGUUGCAAUGCAUAAAAGAGUGUCAACAUCUUCUUACUGCAAAGGAAAAAAAAAAAAUAGAACAUUUCCUGGCGAGAUUAGGUUCAAAAGAAAAACCAGCGCCAGACACUGAUGCUAAUUUGCUUGAUGACAAUUUUAUAUAGAAACAUGAAGUCAAAGUGUCUUUAUCAGAGACAACAGGUGUUUCUGUUUGCAAUUCUGAUCCUUGGUGGGGAAGUUUAAUUUCCCGUGGAGCGCUUUUCUGCUGUGCCAUGCAAAAGUAUUCACACUCUUUAAUUUUUCUGUGUUUCUUCACUUUAAAGCCACAAUUUCAUGUAAUAGACCAACACAAAAUGGGACAGACAGUCUUUCUUUCUUAAAAAAAAAUCUUUCAAGAUCAAACGACAUUGGGACUUUAACUAGGUCAUGUUGUUGGGUCAUUAUCUGACUGGUCAAAACGAUCCCCACAGCAUGUCGCUGCCAUCAUGUUUCAUCCUAUUCUUGGUGUGUUCAUAAUAUUUUGCAUGUCAUGGUUAGGGCUCUUGCUUGAACUGGACUUUAUUUAGGGGAAUUAGAGUGAAAAGGCUAAAAACAUGUAUGCCAGAUUAUUAAAAGGACAUUAUCAUUUUACUCCCUCUUCAUAAUUCUGCACGGCUUUGUGCUGGUAUAUCAUUCAGUGCAAAAAGGUUCAAGGGGAGUGAAUACUUUUUCAAAUGCUUGUACAAAAACUUGAGGUAAAAUGUUUAUUGUUCCUGUUUUUCGGGUCAUUACUGCUUUAACACAUGCUUUGCUUCUGCUUUUGUCUGAAUUUGUACUUAAAGUCGGACAAAAUGCAAUGUGGGGAAACAAAGAUAAUUCUACUUGACAAAAAAAAUAAUUAAAUGAAAAAUUCAGAUUUAACUCGGUAGUAAUAUAAGUGUAAGGAGAACUUUACUCAGAAUUCAUGGAUGUGUUAUCAAACAUGCUGUAUUACCUCAUUUUAUGCUUUAUUUUUUAUUUUCCAACUUUUUGGUUCCGACAAAGUUGCUCAAAAGAUUGAAAUUAGCUUUUAUUUUUAGAUAAAAGACAGAAAUUGGGGGAUGAAGCCCAGGUGUCGACUGUCAAGUUGUGAUUGCACUUUACUGUUUACUUUUUGUACCCAUCAUUUUGUUCAUGUAGAGAUUUAAAUUCAUGUGUUUUAGCACAAAGUUUCAUGCAAUCUUUUCAAAUACACAGAACUGAAAGUAAAAAUAUAGUACAACAUAACUGGAGUUGUAAAGUUCAUCAUUAUACUUUAAGUUUUGGCACU